AUGUGCGCGUGCAGGCUCAAAAAGUCUUUCCUCAUUGAUGAUAUACUUGAUCAUCAAAAGAAGCCCUAUAGAAACCUAACAAACAAUCCAACAGAAUCACUAUCAUUUAAAUCUAAAAUUGUUGAUUCAAUAGAGAAUGAAAAAGAAGCAAAGUUUAACACAAGAGAAGUAGAUAGAGAAUUGGAACUAUCAAAUGUCAACAUAAAUCUUGAACAGAGAAGUAAUACGUAUCCAUUGUAUCCAACACCAAUUAAAGCGGGAAUUCCGUGGACACCGUACAGAGUUAAAGCGAAUUAUCCAUUGGAGUCCAGGCAUCCAUUCAGUUACUACAGUGACCCAGUUAUGAAUUCGGACCAAAUUCUACGGAGUCAACUGGCUGUCAACAGAUUCUCGUCGCAUCCCUACAUCCGACAGUCAUACGGCUUUGAUAGAGCUCCACCGACCUGCUGCAAUCCUUGGUGGGGAUUGGGUGGGCGACGGAAAGGAGGACAGGUUCGGUUCAGUGCGGCACAGACAGGUGCCCUAGAAAGGAGGUUCAGCGCUAGCAAAUAUCUCAGUCCUGAUGAACGACGUGCUCUGGCAGCCUCUCUUAGGCUUAGUGAUAGACAGGUUAAGACAUGGUUUCAAAACCGACGCGCAAAAUGGCGACGCACCGCACCCGACGCUGCGGACCGCGGUAGCCCACCUUCUGCUGAUGAUCCCUCAGAGGACGAAAUCACUAUAACUGAUGAAGAUUGA